AUGGUCAAUACGAGCGAUGACCGUGAUAUGCCUUCUUCCAGGAGUCAGGGUCUUGGACUUGAAAAGUUGGACUCCGAUUACGAAGAGUCCGCUUCCAGAUUUUCCUCAUCCCUUCCUUCCGUUGACAUGAAUGCUGCUAUAAACACACUCAAGCGUUGCGAGGACCGCUAUAAAACUGAGAUCACAAAGAUUGGUCGUAAUCUUCGGACAUUCUUCGAGACACAAUUGGAUCCCAGCUCGCCGUCUUCGACAGACAAGACCCUCGAGAGCAUGUACAGCGACUACAACCUCACGAUUUUCUCACACUCCCUCAUUGGAGGAGCUUUCGGCUAUGUCUUGGCCCGCUCUGUUACCACGCGACUUGGACCUUCGUCACGUUUAUUCGCCGUCGUCUCCUUUACCGGGCUAAGCUCCAUGCUUGCCGCAAGUGCAGCUACCAGUCUGGCCACCACAGACCUUGUCAAAAAGGCAAUGGAGGUCGUCGCCGCGGAUGGCAGCAAGAAAGAGGGGACACAGAAGUCUUGGCCUUACCUGCUAACUUGUCGACCUGUCUUACAAUUGAAGGAGUGUGUGGAUGGGCCAUGUCGUGAUCUUUUACUGGGAGGCAAGGUGCAGGGAGGAGUAGGCUUCGUCCAAGCAUAUCACCAAUGCCGGCGUCGAGCAGACUUGUGGGCGACUCAGGAUGAGUUUUUGGCAAUUCAAGAAGAGGAAGGGCUCAGGGACGUGUACGAAGAUGAAGAAGAACUAGAAUCAGAAAAUACCAUUGAGCAAGAAUGCUCUAAAGAGCAGGGCCCUCCCCCCUGGAGAGAGAAUGAUAAGCGAAAGCACGAGGCGAGAGCUAGCGGCGACAGUAGCAAUGCUGGUCAAGGAUGGCGAUGA